AUGACGCACAGUUUUGGGCACGAGAAAGGCAGGGUUUUCUCUGUGAGCGAGGCCGUACGCGGCAGGCUGUUCCUGACUGCGCUUCCUCGUGGUGCCAGCUACUCGCGGAUGCGUUUUCACCCGCCGAUCGAACGCCAGCCACGGGCUACGAGCCUCAUCAAGACAUUAUCGACGACUGCAGGGCUGAAUGCAGGAGGCUUUUCGCUGGAGGAGUUUUUGCUGAAGAAGCUGCCGUCUAUGGUCUUCCACUCGAUCACGGAUAGCUUAUCCGUCAUUCUCGACUUUUCCUAUGACAAGCUGCUAGACAAUGAUUAUCGCUAUAUCCUCAUCGGACAGCUUUUGGAUGAGAUAUAUAAUGUCAUCAUGUCACUACCGGAACUGCCUAAUGCCUCCAAGAUAGUGGACAGGAUGAGCAAGGACAAGCUUCGGCGCGAUAUAGUGAAGAAACUACGGUCGAAAGGAUACGACGAGUCCCGGAUGCUGCAUCGUAUCCGGGCUGGUCGAAUGACUGACAUCGAUUAUCUAAACGGAUACUUUGUGAAGAAGGGAAAGGAGCUGGGCAUCAAAUGCCCUACGAAUGAGAUGGUUAUGAAUCUCGUCAAGGCGAAGCUUUCGGCACGGCGCAAGGAGAUGGAAGCGGCAAUACCUUUUGAAAUAGCAUGA